AUGCUCAUGUUCGCCCACCUCGCCAGCGCCGCCUUCAUCGCUUCGCGCUCUGCGCUGCUGCCCACGCCUGCGACGCACCCCUCCGCUGCCGCCACGGCUGGCACGCGCGCCUGCGUCGCCACAGCUCCACGCAGAGGCGGCGAGGCGGUGAUGGCCGGCAUGCCCCUGCCUGCCGGCUCGCUGGUGGCGCUCGCGACGCCGAUGACAUCGACGGGCGAGGUGGACAUCGCCACGCUGCGAGAGCUGCUGCGCUGGCACAAGGCGGAGGGUACGGACGGCGUGGUCAUCCUCGGCACGACCGGCGAGGCCUCGACCCUCACGAGCGCUGAGAAGGAGGAGGUGAUGGCUGCGACCCGCGAAGAGGUUGGCGGCGAGAUGGCUAUCCUCGUGGGCACGGGCACCAUCAGCACGGAGGCGACGAUCGCGGCGACCAAGCAGGCCAAGCUCUUUGGCGCCGACGCCGCGCUCGUCGUCACGCCGUACUACGUCAAGCCGUCGCAGGCGUGGCUCGUGGCGUAG